CACACACACACACAUAUACGCCGUGCGGAGCAUUCACUGCACAUGUAUAGAACAUAGGAAAGAAGCCUGAAAAAGUUUCUAGGAAAUUUUCUGACACCUUGUUUGUUUGUUUCCGGAACGAAUUUAUCUAUCGGAAUAGAAGAGUAUUUGAAACUUGGGCAAAGUUACGCGUUCCCGACGAAAUCAUCCCGAACUGUGCCGUGCAGUGAGCUGUGUGGCGAGGAUAUCGAUCUUCUCACGCACGGACCCAUCGUCCGUAGGCUUCGAUAACGCCAUGGACUUUCUACGUAACUACGAGGCCGCGGACCAGGAUGAAUCGGAGGAUAUGGACUCGAAUCGGUUGCCCCUUCCCAUAGGAACAUACCGCCUCACCGACCGGUUCGUCGAGCUCGUCCGCAUCGGCGGGAUCACCCAAAAGAAGAACCGCGGACAAACAGCCGUCAGCCCGCGACCAAAAGGAUAAGAAGCAGGAUGCAAAGCAAAGCAAGGGCCAGCAUAAAUCACGCAAGGAGCGGGACGAGAACACCUCAAUCAUUUAGCCUUUUUUAAAAAAAAUGCAUAUGCCACAAAAUCCCUCAAAACACACACAAACACACAAACUCAAAAGAACCUCCCAAGUGCGACGAACCUGCUGGAUUCACGUCACCAGCCCCGUACUACUACCACUACUACUACGACAAGCGCGGUCAUCGGACUGUAGGCGCCGAACAUUCCCACUCUUCCAUCGGGAGCGUUGUCUUUCCUGGAAGAUGCUACUGCCCAGUCUGUUUCUGGACACCAACAUCCCGUAGCCAGAUCCACGCGCGGCCUAGCAGUAGAAAAAGGGCGGGUUUUGACGAUGUGUAUGACGAUGGGGCGUAGGGAUUGCGGAUUGUGAGAAACGCUCAGAGAAUGGCAAACCCCAGCGCCGGAUCGUUUCUUUCGCAAUCCGCUGUGAGUAAGAAGAAGCUUUGCUGUAACUCAUCAUCGUCAUCCUCGUCGUCGCGAAGCUCGUCACGUUCUAACUCAACGGAUGGUUCCCGCUGCUCGAAGUCGAAGUCUCCGUCCCGCAGUCCUUCGCCGGCAUCGCGAACGAAACGGGCCAAAAAUGGUGCUGAUGAGCAUAAAUCGUCAGAGAAAACAUCAUCCGGGAAAAAGGAUAGCAAGAACAGACAAUCGAAAUCGCCUUCGGGCGAUCAGCGCCGCUCAACAGGCAACGGUAGUAACAAUAAGAGUCCAAUGAAAGCAGACCGGAAGGAUAAAAGGAAAUCUUCCCCACCGAGGCACGAUGCCAGCAAGCGCGACCGAAGCCAGUCCCGUGAGCGUGAGCGUAAAAAUCGUGACAAGGAUCGCGAGCGCGAGCGUGAUCGCACACGAGAACGGGAGCGUCAACAGCGCAAUCGUGACCGAGAUCGGGAGCGAGAGCGCCAAAAGGAUCGCCCGAAGGAUCGUAACCGUGAUCGUGAGCGUGACCGCGAGCGGGAACGGGAUAGAGACCGGGAACGUAGCCGUUAUGAUCGUGAUCGUGGCUCGGCUCGGGACUCUCGCGGCGAUUACCACCGAGAUCAACGACGUGGGGGAGGAAAUUGGAGCAAAUCCAAUGAGCGUGAUAAUAAUCGACGCGACUCUCGUGGAUACGAUCGAAAGGAUGAUCGUAAGGAUAGGAGAAGCGGUCGAGACUACGACAAGGAUCAUCGUAGAAGUCGACGCUCAGAAUCACGCGAAUCACGCCACCGACGACGUCACUCACCUAACGAGCGAGUACCAUCAUCGAGAGCGCGCGAUUCCCGUUCCCGCUCCCGGUCCCGGUCAAGAUCUUGCACCAAGUCUUCGCCGCCUCGCACCAGUCAGCAACAAACACCAUUGACAAACGCUUCCUACACCGGCGCUGGUUUGCUACCAACUCCGAGCAGAUUCACGCAAAGCCCGACGACGAAGCCCGUAUCGCUGUUGCCCACCCCACCCGUCACACAGUCGCUGCUGGGAGCGGCCCCUAGCCUUGUCCCGACGGCAGGCAUACCUUCUCUAAUGAGCAUCCCAACGAAACCGCCGAUCAGCUCGCUGAUUCCUCCAGCCGUUGCCGCCAAACUGACCCUUUCGAACGAAUCGAAGCUUGGACAGCUUGCUCUGCCGCUGACAACACCACCCGCUCAGCAAGAUCCGGCCGUCACGAGUGUGCUACUGUCCCGGAGUGCGCUGCUGCGCAACACCGCAAAGGCGGCACAGCUCGAGAAGAUGGGGAUCGAUGCGUUGCAGCAGAGCCAGAAGGCAGUGGACAGUGUACCGCUCCCGUCCUACUACAACCCGGGCGUGGUGAAUCCGGUCCGGUAUGCGGAUCAAGUGCAGAAGCGCAAAUUGCUCUGGAGCCACAAGACAACCGAAAGCAAGGAGGUGUCUUCGAACAUAAGCAAAUGGGAGCAGGCAAAGUUUGCGCAGGACACGGACGGUCGGGUUGCGUCGAAAUUCCUGCGCCUAAUGGGAGUGAAGGAUGCAGCGCCCAAGCCGGGCGAGGAAGGGGAAUCGCCCGUUCCGACAGGCGGAACCUCUUCGGCAUCCCUCUCGGCGAAGGUAGGCUCCAGCUCAGGGGCGACGGGAGCGAGCGGCCCUUCAAAUGGCGGCAAAUCGACGGGAGACAGUAUUAAGAAGCAGGAAGAACUGUUCUCGACGAUGGAGCAGCAGUACGAAGUUGCCCGACAGGUGACACACACGAUGCGUGGCGUUGGUCUCGGGUUUGGCUCUCAGGCCCGCCAGUUCUAAUUGCAUAAGGCAGUACCAUAUGGCCAUAGUUUGUUUUGUUCUUUUCCUUUGCGCCGUAGAACUUUCGCUGUAUAGUGUAGCAGAACUUUUGUUUUCGUGUCGCACGUGCGCAUUCACGUGCUGCAACAGCAUCAAGAUGAAUAAACAAACUAAUUGUAAAACGACUUACACGCUUUUUCUUUCCUUUUGCCACCUUCGGAACAUAUUUUCUUAGCGUACGUGUAGAUUCGGGUUUACUUCUUUAUUUUAAACAACUACCGAACUAAAAGCUUAUACAUGUACAAAAAAUAACAAGUAAACAGAUGGAUCAACCUAAACCAACAGUAAUAGCGUGGCCGCCGCUCCCCUUCUUCUACACGAUCGAACGUUCCAGUCUCGGAUGCUGAGCGGAAAUCAUCCCAUUUAUUCAUGCGGAGGUCGCACAACGCUUUUAACGAAUAUACAGAUUAAUAAAAAUCAUUA